AUGGCUGCCUCCAUACGAUGUGUACACGCGCCUUCGAGCGCAAACGUAUUCAUCCAGCUUGCGCGCCGCACGACGCCGACGUCGAACACACCGGCCCCGAUCCUCUCGGUCCUCGUCCCGAGGUGGAAACCCGUAACCACCAACACCCAAGCCGGGCUCUGUGCCAGCCGCAAAUGCAGUUCCGAGGCUAUCUCACGGAGGGAGUCGCCGCAGAGAUAUUUCCGGAGGACGGUGUACCAGCAGACCCGCGCCUUUACGGUUUCCGCAAUGCGGAGACAGACGAGAUGCGCAUGGAAUCCGAAGAAAGACGAAGAUGGAAAGGAGAUGAUGCUUGAGAUUACAGACAGGGCAGGAAAGCGCCUGUCGGAUAUUAUGAAGAAAGAAAACAACCCUAACCUGGCGCUGAGGAUACAAGUCGAGAGUGGCGGCUGCCACGGCUUUCAGUACCUCAUGAGCUUGGUGACGCUUCCUGAGAGUGGCGAGAGUGGUGAGGACUGGUCCAAGGUCGUAGGGGAAGACGACAGCGUGUUCCAGUACCUGCCCGACGACGCCGACAUUUCCAACGUCUCGUUUGAGGGCCCCAAGGUGGUGAUCGACGAGCCGUCGCUGGACCUGUUGAAGGGCAGCAAGGUGGACUUUACGAUGGAACUGAUUGGGUCCCAGUUCAAGAUCACGGAUAACCCGUAUGCAUCGAGCAGCUGUGGUUGUGGAACCAGCUUCGACAUCAAGAUUUGA